AUGUCUGAUAACGUUCAUUCUUCAAGUAACGAAGACGAUUCCAUCGUGAUGAUGCAUGAUAUAGGCCGAAUCUUCAAUGAUAUUAUGUUAUCUCGAAGAUUUACAAGUUGGGACAAUUUUGAGACCUGUUUGAAAGAAGUACAUAAGUAUACGCAUACUAAGUACGUUAUGUCAGUAUGCAAAAAGAGCAGUGAUGAUCCAACUCUAAAGUACUUUUUCGUGCGAUAUGUCUGUACAUAUGGACGUAAACGCAGUUCGUCAGAGUCAGAUGCUUGCGUUCAGGAUGUAGAUGAUGAUAGUAAUAAUCAUUCUUCUGAAGAGCAUACAACUUCUAACUCGCCAACACAACCUAGGCAAAGGAGACGACGUCGGUCAUCUACGUCGAAAUAUUGCCACUGUAAAUCAGGAUUUUGGGUCCGGGCACUGAAUGGUGAGUUGAAACUCACCUCUAUUAAAACCGUGCAGAACCAUCCUUGCACAGAAAGAUAUAUUUCUGUCGAUCCAUCGAAACGACAGUUGACCUCAAGUGAACGCUUGUAUUUAAGAACGUUUCUACUGAGUAAUACACCAACUCGUAGCUUACGGUAUCUGGUUUCUUUGAAGUUCAAUAAACAACUUACCAAGGACGAUAUCGCCAGAAUGCGUUCACAGUUGUACCCAGACACUAAAAAUAUCAAUAACAUUUUACAGCGCAUUCAAGGAAAUACUGAAGUUAAAGUAUUCUAUGAAAAUGGGAACAUGUCUAUGAUUUGCUCCAGCCGCAGAGAGCAAAUAGCUGUUUACCACGCGUUCCCGGAAGUAAUAUGUAUUGAUUCGACUUAUCAGACCAAUAAAGUCGGCUUUCCACUGUUCCAGCUAGUGGUCACUGAUAGUCUUGGGCAAGGGCACACUGUUAUGUAUGCUCUUUGCAGUCAAGAACGACGCGAAGAUAUAGAAAAACUAUUGGAAUGUUUUAAAGAGAUAAUGUGCGGUACUUAUGCAACACGCACGUUCAUUAAGGAUUCGGCAGCGACCGGAAUUUCGGCUGUGCAGUCUACGCACAGUCAUUCUAACAUAAUACUUUGUUCAUUCCAUGUCCUAAGAGCGUUUUUCAGGAAGUUCCGAAAUCCUGAUGUGCGCAAAUGCUUGGAACAGCUUGUGAAGACUAGACGGUCUGAUAUAUUUACUCGAAAGUACGAACAUCUAAGAACGCAUUUUCCACGGGCGUAUGAUUACAUAAAAGAUUACUGGAUUGCUAGGAAGUCAAUGUGGGCUCGCUGUUACCGGCGACAUGUAUUAAGCCUGGGCAACCACACAAACAACCGUGUUGAAAGUGCUCAUAAACACCUAAAAGAAUGUCUCAGAAGAGGUGAUUCCCUAUUAUUGACGUUCUGGAAAAUUUGGAGUAAAACAGACAUUGAUGUACGUUUGCGUCCUUAUGACGCUGUGAAGGAUCUUCAACGUUUUCCUAUUCUUCAGGUUCCAAUGUCAUUUCGAACUCUUCUAAAUGAGUUCACAUCUUUUGCAGCUAAAAUUGUAGCUGUAAAUUAUAAACGUGUUCGGACAAUGAGACACGAAUUUAUAGAAGGAGAAUACAUCCGGUGCUACGACAAGGGUAUGAUGUAUGUUGUUGAUACUUCACGUGCACGAUGUGCUUGUGAGCGUUUCAAUGACUACAUGCUGCCCUGUGGUCAUAUUUUGUAUGCACAUUCUAAAGAUCUGAUUCGCGGAGACUUAUUUCGACAUAGCAACCGGUGGACAAGAAAAUACAUAA